CUGCAACCCAUUCUGAAGAAAUGGCGGAGAAAGAGAAGAGUAGCCUGAGGAAACCUCUCAGUCUGAACGACAGCCAUUAUCGCCUUCUUCAGGACCUCUCCGCUGCUCCAAAACCUAAUCCUGAGGAAGAAGAGAUGCCGCAAAAGACGAAACUCCCAGGCCGACGCCGUCUUUGCAAAGCGUCGUGCAAAGGAAACGCCAACGACGGCGACGAUGGUAUUCCUCGCUUCUCUGGGAUCACUGAUUUCGAUGAUUCUCCAUCUAGUACUCUUUUCGAUUCACCACCACCAACUAAAAGUAGUGGGGAGGGUGGAAAUGAAAUUAGGGAUAUUCUAAAUGGCUUGACUUCGAGACUUGAAUUUUUGUCUAUUGAGAAAGUUCCUAAAAAGAAUGAUCAGAUUGAUGAAUCUUUGGCUUUAACCGAAAAUGGAGUAAAAAUUAAGAACAAGAAAGUUGAUUCGCCUGGAUAUGCAUGUGCUGGAUCCUUGUUUUCUCUUAUGUCUAAUAAUCUAUCUGAUUCCUCAUUAGAUGGUGCUAAAAAUGGUGGAAGUGGUGUUUAUGUUUUUAGUGAGUCCAGAGAUGAGGAAUUUGUUGAUAGGGUACUUAAGCUUGAUGAAAUCAGUAGUUUUGGGCUGAAGCAGAAAGGAUCAAAACUUGUUGAUGGAGAAUUAGCUUCUGGAACUGAAGAAGGUGCUGAUGAUAAUGAUGAUUUGCAGAGUGAGCAGAGGGACAAUGCUUUUCUGGGUAGGGUACAUGAUGUAGAGAAAAAUAAUCAAAGGCUGAAGAAAGGUGAACAUGUCCAGGAAUCGUUUGUGUCCAGGGUCAGAAAAGAAGAGGAACAUGGUAGUCGUGAUGACUGUGUUGUUUUAAGUUUUAAGAAGUCAGUUAAAGCUGUAAGGCAUGGGAAUGGCUUGAAGUAUGGUAGCUCCACGGCAGAACUGCUGGAUGAUUAUACCGAGGAGUCUAUUUUGGAGGAUGAGGGGUCCAUUAAUUUGAGGGGUCCUAAGGCAAGUUACAAGCUACAGGGUAAAAUUGCUAAAAUGUUGUAUCCACAUCAGCAUGAGGGGUUGAAGUGGCUCUGGUCUUUGCAUUGUCAAGAUAAGGGAGGAAUCUUAGGGGAUGAUAUGGGCUUGGGGAAAACCAUGCAAAUAUGUAGCUUCCUAGCUGGAUUAUUUCAUUCGAGGUUGAUUAAAAGGGCAUUGGUUGUGGCCCCCAAAACUCUACUUCCUCACUGGAUCAAAGAAUUGUCUACUGUGGGGCUUUCAGAGAAGACUAGGGAGUACUAUGGAACUAGUACCAAAGCUCGACAGUAUGAGCUCCAAUAUGUACUUCAGCAGGAUGAAGGAAUUCUUCUCACUACUUAUGAUAUUGUGCGGAAUAAUUCUAAAGCUUUACAAGGGGCAAAUUGCUACAUUGAUGAUGACAGUGAGGAUGGUGUGACAUGGGACUAUAUGAUUCUUGAUGAGGGUCAUCUCAUUAAAAAUCCCAGCACACAGAGGGCCAAAAGUUUGUUUGAGAUACCAAGUGUUCAUCGUAUAGUCAUAAGUGGCACACCAAUUCAGAAUAAUCUUAAGGAACUAUGGGCCUUGUUCAACUUCUGUUGCCCUGAGCUUCUGGGCGAUAACAAAUGGUUUAAGGACAAGUAUGAGAAUCCUAUUUUGCGGGGAAAUGACAAAAAUGCAUCUGAUAGGGAAAAGCGUGUUAGUUCAACAGUUGCAAAGGAGCUAAGAGUACGUAUUCAGCCCUACUUUUUGCGUCGCCUGAAGAAUGAAGUAUUUUGUGAAGAUGAUGCCACAACCAGCAAACUUUCCAAAAAGAACGAGAUUAUUGUGUGGUUAAGAUUGACUAGUUGCCAGCGACGACUGUAUGAAGCUUUUUUGAGCAGUGAGAUUGUUCUGUCAGCUUUUGAUGGCUCACCACUGGCUGCACUCACGAUUCUGAAGAAAAUAUGUGAUCACCCCCUUCUCUUGACCAAGAGAGCUGCUGAAGAUGUAUUGGAAGGCAUGGAUUCCAUGUUGAAUACUGAAGAUGUCAGUGUGGCAGAAAAAUUAGCAAAGCAUGUUGCUGAUGUUGCUGAAACGGAUGACUUCCAAGAAUAUCAUGACAAUAUCUCAUGCAAAAUAUCUUUUAUACUUUCGCUAUUGGAAAAUAUAGUUCCAGAGGGGCAUCGUGUUCUUAUCUUUUCUCAAACUCGUAAAAUGCUUAAUCUUAUUGAGGAAUCUCUUGUGUGCAAUGGCUACCAGUUUUUACGGAUUGAUGGUACUACAAAAGCAAGUGACAGAGUAAAGAUUGUCAAUGAUUUUCAAGAAGGUGUUGGGGCUCCUAUAUUUCUUCUGACAUCCCUAGUUGGUGGUCUUGGCCUCACACUUACAAGGGCAGAUCGUGUAAUUGUGGUCGAUCCUGCUUGGAACCCUAGUACUGAUAACCAAAGUGUUGAUCGUGCAUACCGAAUUGGGCAAAAGAAGGAUGUUCUUGUGUACAGGUUGAUGACAUGUGGAACUGUUGAAGAAAAGAUUUACAGAAAGCAGGUAUUCAAAGGUGGAUUGUUUAAGACUGCCACUGAGCACAAAGAACAGAUUCGGUACUUUAGCCAACAGGAUCUUCGUGAACUCUUCAGUCUCCCAAAACAGGGUUUUGAUAUUUCACUUACUCAGCAGCAGUUACAUGAAGAGCAUGAUGGUCAGCACAAAAUGGAUGAGUCAUUGGAAGCCCAUAUAAAGUUUCUGGAGACACUUGGAAUAGGUGGGGUUAGUAAUCAUAGUUUACUCUUCUCCAAGGCAGCACCUGUACCAGUUGCACAGGAAGAAGAGGAAGAUACAAAGUGGAAAGGAACUGCAAUUGUGGGAAACCCCUCUUCAGGUUCUUCAACUGAACACAAAGUUGAUGGGUCUGAACAUGCUUUCAAUCCAAAGGAUAUGAAACUCAAGAAGAAAACUGCUUCCCCAGAUGCUACAAGUAAAUUGACUGAGAGUGAAAUAAAAGAGAGAAUCAUUCGUCUAUCCCAAAUUUUUGCAAAUAAGGUAACAAUCUCAAAGUUGCCUGAUAAAGGAGCAAAACUAGAGAAGCAAAUUGCUGAACUGAAUGCUGAGCUCCAAAAGAUCCGUAUGGAAGAAAGAAGAGAGAAAGAGGUCAUUAAUUUGGAUGACAUAACUGGAGAGCUUCGAAGACGGUUGAAUGUAUGAAUCAUGGCUGAUAGAGGUGAGCUUUUUGGAAGAAAUAAAUGCUUUCUUUACGUCAUUUUGUGGAUGUCACUCUUAUGUCCUAUUAGAAAGAACAACUCAAACAUUUUAGCUUUUCAGCAUUACUCUUAAAUACUUGACUCAUCAAUCAAAAACUCUAUUGUGAUAAUAAUUCGAGUCAAGUGGUCAAGGAGCAAGUGGAGAAAGCUAACACCUAACACCUCGGAUCUAAGAAUGUGCAAGUUUUUGCUGUUGUUGAGAGGCCAAAGUAGUACAUCAAACAAGAUGUAUUUGUUGGGUAUGCAAGAAGAAUUAUGUUGUUUCGCACGCAUGACAAAUUGAGAUUUGCCGUCUGCCUCUUAGAUUUUAUAAUCAUUGGAGAGACCACAGGAGUAUCAGGAGUUUCUGGUCGAUGAUUUAAUUAUAAAAUUUGUAAUUCAUGGAAAAUGUACUGCACAUAACUUAAAUAGAUUAGCGUCAACAUACUUUUUCAAGAAUCCCAAGGCCUAAAUUCAAAUCAUUUUGAAUUUAAAGAUAGAGUGGAAUAAAUAUGAAAUGUUAAU